AUGGCGUCGUCUAUUCCUGCCACCCAGAAGGCCGUCAUCAUCGAGAAGACGGGAGGCCUCGAGGUCCUUCAGCACAAGACUGAUGUCCCCGUUCCCGCGGUCGUCGACGGCCAGAUUCUCGUCAAGAACGAUUACACCGGCGUCAACUUUAUCGACACAUACUUCCGCACGGGCUUAUACCCGGCAUCACACUUGCCGUACAUCCUUGGACGCGAAGCAGAAGGCACCGUGGUGAAGACUGGCGGCGGCAACCUGUACGGAUUGAAGGAGGGCGAUAGGGUUCUCUGGAUAAGCGAGGGCGCGUACGCGGAGUACACCGCGGUCGACGCAUCCAACGCGAUCAAGAUUCCCGAGGGCGUGGCGCCCAAGAUCGCCGCCGCCUCAGCGAUCCAGGGCCUCACGGCGCUUACCCUCGUGCGCGAGGCCCACCGCGUCGAGAAGGGCGACUGGGUCCUCGUGCACGCGGCCGCCGGUGGCACAGGCCUCUGGCUCGUCCAGCUGCUCAACGCCAUCGGCGCCAACACUAUCGGCACCGUGUCGACCCCGGAGAAGGCCGAGCUCGCCCUCAAGGCCGGCGCCACCCACAUCGUCAACUAUAGCCACGAGGACGUUAAGCAGAAGGUCCUCGAGCUGACCGGAGGGAAGGGCGUUAUUGCUGUCUUCGACGGCGUCGGCAAGUCUACCUUCGACGUGAGCCUCGAGGUCGUCGCCCGCAAAGGUACCCUCGUCUCCUUCGGCAACGCGUCCGGCCCCGUCCCGCCCUUCAGCAUCGCCCGCCUGAGCGCCAAGAACGUGCGCCUGCUGCGCCCCAGCCUGUUAAGCUAUAUCGCUACUCGGGAUGAGUUUGAGUACUACGUCAAUGAGCUAUUCGGCUUCAUCACGGGUGGAAAGAUCGACGUGCGCAUCCACGGAGUGUACCCGCUUAGCGAGGUCGCGCGCGCUCAUGCCGAUCUCGAGGGUCGCAAGACUACGGGUAAGCUGUUAUUAGAUCCCUCAAAAUAA